AUUCAGUAAUGGUGGAGAAAAUGAGACUUCUCAAUAUUUACUCCGUGUUUUUGGUGAUUACCUUUCUAUCGCGUAGUUGUAUUUCAUCUCAAUGUGAGAAAAAUGACGAAGAAAGCUGUGAUGCAAGCAAGGAGAAGAGUUGUGGUUGCAGUAUUAGUCGUGGGGAUGUAAAAAAUGAUGACGCGAGCGAUUCUCCUGUGGCUGGAUCAGCAGCAGACGACAGAAGCAAAAACUAUCGCCCCGAGACAAAUGUAAAAAAUCCAUAUGUUCGUACAAAUGAGAUGGUUAAAAUCCCAGGUGGAACAUUUACUAUGGGGUCAGAUAAACAGAUAUUUGAAGCUGAUGGUGAAGGGCCUGGGAGAAAAGCGAAAGUUAAUACAUUUUAUAUGGACAAAUAUGAAGUCAGUAACUCAGAAUUUGAACUAUUUGUUAAUCAGACUGGAUAUAUUACAGAGGCUGAAAAAUUUGGAAAUUCAUUUGUAAUGGAUGUUCAUCUGAGUGAAGAUGUGAAGCAAACUAUAACUCAAGCUGUAGCUGCUGCUCCGUGGUGGUUACCUGUCGAUGGCGCAUACUGGCGUAUACCCGAGGGAAAGGGAAGUAACAUAAAAAACAGAAUGGAUCAUGCUGUUGUACAUACAUCAUGGAAUGAUGCCACAGAGUUCUGCAAAUGGGCAGGUAAAAGAUUACCAACAGAAGCUGAAUUUGAAUAUGCAUGUAGAGGAGGAUUAGAGCAAAGAUUAUUUCCUUGGGGAAAUAAAGAAAUGCCUAAAAAUGAACACUGGAUGAACAUAUGGCAAGGUGAAUUUCCCAAAGAAAAUACAAAAGAAGAUGGAUUUGACAGUACUGCGCCGGUUACAGCUUAUCCUGAACAGAAUAAAUUUGGUUUAAAAAAUAUUAUUGGAAAUGUUUGGGAAUGGACAAAUGACUGGUGGGAGACUAAACAUACAACAGAUUUUAAAGAUAAUCUUACUGGCCCAGCAUCCGGUGAAGAUAAAGUUAAAAAGGGCGGAUCAUUUUUAUGCCACAAGUCCUACUGUUAUAGAUAUAGAUGUCAAGCUAGAAGUCAGAAUACUCCAGAUAGUUCAGCAUCUAAUCUUGGAUUCCGAUGCGCAGCCAGCACAUUACCAGAUUACUUAAAAUCAUAAACAUGUAUUUUUCUUGGUUCAAUCCGAAUCAUCCAUAGAUAUAUUAUUGUAACUUGUCUAGUAUAAAAGCCAUUUGAUUUAUUUAUGUCUAGAUAAGAAAUUUUUUAAACAGAAAUCCAUCCCCCUAAUUAUCUAAAGGAAAAUUGGCUGUCUACUACAAAUUAAUAUUGUAUUUAAUUCUAUUAAUAGUGUGUAAUAAUACAAAACAACUUAAUAAUUAAUAUUCAUGUUUUAAUUUAUUUUUUUUUUAUAUCAUAUUUGACUGGUCCAAAACAUUUAACAGCGGCAGUUCCCAACACAUAUCUUAAAACUACAGUUAAGACACUUGUGGCCUCACCCAACCUGGAGUCCUAAAUGCGUCACUGCAAAAGAAAGUACCCUACAUGUUUUCACUAAAUGUUUAAAUUUGAUAUAAAUAUAUAUUUGUUUUUAUUCUGUAUAAAUAUAUAUUUUGUAACUGAUUUAUAAAUGUUUUAAUCUGAGUAAUUGUUUUCUUUUGGUGAUAGUCUGGAAGUUGGUAUAUAUGAUAUAUUAUUGCUUUUGUAUGAAUUUUACUCUAAUAUUUUGUAAUUAUUGUUAAUGAUUAAAACUCUUGUUGUUUA